CUUUUUUUCUCUAUAUAUUUUUUGGCCUUUUUUUUGUUAAAUUCAAAAUCGAAACAGAUCUAGGGAUUAGUUCGCCCACCAACAGAAUACACGCUGCACGCACCAUUCUUCAGUUCCACGGCCACUUAUCUCCACUCUCCAGAGUCCAACCAACGUCGGCCGUGCAACAGCCUCGCCGGAGCCGCUUCAGCCUCCACGCAGCCCCUCCAGCCUCCUCAGUCACCUGCUGCCUUGUUCUUCUCCGGUUACUACCCCGUCGCCCACCGCAACCAUGUCCGUCAGUCUCCGGCCACUUCCCUUUCAGCCCUAAAAUCCGCUUCUGCCCGAUUGCCUCUGCUCUGUUCUGUUCGUUGAGUUGUUUUCUAGUUAGAAAUCAAAUUGAGGGAAAAAUUGCUCUGCCCUAGCUGCCCACCGGACCUUUUUGCCAGUCGCCACCGUUGCCCGAAGCCCAACCGCCAGUUGAUCAGUGGCUACCUCCGUGCCUCCGGCACUGGACUCGCAGGUGAUGUUUUAUAUAUAUAUGUGUGGAAAGACCAAUAAGUUGUAGACACAAUGGAUCUCAAUCCCUUUAGACUUGACAUUGAUGAUCUUAUUAAUGAGUUUGCAGAGGGUAACAUGACUUUGUUGGCUGAUAUGAAGAGGAUAUGGCUUUCUAAAAAGUUUUCUUGCAUCUUUGAAGCAAAGCCUAACAAAAAGUUAGGGUUUUUUAUGCAAUCUUUGUAUGCCCAUUGCAUAGGUUACAUGACGUCUACUGAUUCCAUAUCGCACAGGCUGGGUGGUCUUUAUUCCCUUUACUGUCUACAUGAAACGCAACCGUUUAAACCCCCUUUCAGAAUUUAUAUAUGUCUACGGGAAAUGAAGAGGCUCAAGGAACUGGUUAUUGAUGCCAAGAACGAAAAUAUAGGAGUUGUACCACUUUUAGUUAAUAAUAUGCUAGAAAGAAAUUUGUUCCUUUACGGGGCUGUUGACUUGAAGGAAGGAUCUGUAGAAGAGCGAGUGAAUGAACUAAUACAAGUACAGAAUGCCCGUAUUCAACAUGCAAAUAAGAAGUUAUUUGCAGACACACAGAUUGAACGGUACAUUCACAUGGACAUGGGAAAAGAACUGGAAGUCGAUUCGCUUAAGAAAAUGUCAAAAGAUUAUGCUAUGACGAAAGAGCUAGCCAUUAAAGAAGCUGGAAAGGUGAUAGAUACACAAGAUGUAAACCACAUUGCAAAAGAUAAUACAUUGAUCGGAGAUGUGGUCGGGAAAACAACCGAAGAUUGGAAUUUGCAGAAAGAAAUGUUUUAUCAGAAAACGGGACUCAACCAGUUUCAACUGUUGGAAAACCAAAACUCCGAGCCACAAAAUAGUGCUGGCGAGAAUCUUGAUGCAACCGAAGAAAAUGAUGACGAUUUCUGGGACGAACUAGAGCAACAGUUAGAAGAAUCCUAGUUGUACAGUUUGCAUGAAUGGUUGUACUUUCAGCGGAAGGGUAGUUUUAUUCUUAUUCUGACACUCAUAUGAUGUUUAUCAUAGAUAUUUGGCCAGAAAAUAUACACCAAAGGGAGCUUGAGAUCAAGCUCAUAAAUAUACCAAUUUUCAUAUUUUAUUCGCAA